AUGCAGGUCAAUGGGCCUGGUCGAUGGGCCAGGCAUGCCCGGUCGGCUGAGAAACCGAGCCGCCCUACCACUGUGAUCGACUACAACAAGAGCAUCUCCAGGUGCAAGAAUGGUAAUGAUCCGCAGUGGGAGUUGGCUAUGAUGCUGUGUCAGCACGUAGUUCAAGAUCGCUUGGAGCCCAAUGUUAUCACUUACAACUCAACUGUCAGUGUUUGCCAAAGAGCUCUCCAAUGGCUGCAAGCACUAGGUUUGCUUGCUGCGCUUGAAGAGACAUCUUUGGAAAGUGACGUGAUCACGGUCAGCACAACCGCCAGUGGAUUUUCAAGUGCUGAAUGGCGCCUUGCGGUGUCCAUGCUAGAAAGGAUGGAGCAGAGCCAAUUGAAGGCGAACGUGGUCACCUACAGUGCUGUGAUGAACACCUUGGCAACUUGGCUCCAGGCAAUUCAGCUUUUUGGUGCCAUUGAAGAACAGUCGGUGGAGCCAAAUGAGAUUCUUUGCGGAAGUGCUAUUGGAGUUUGUGAGAGCACGUCCAGGUGGGAGCAGGCAGUGCUUUUGCUGGAAAGACUAGAGGAGACGGGCUUGCAGGCAAAUUCAGUAGUAUUUCGUGCUGUUGUUGGUGCAUGUGGAGCAGCUCACCAAUGGCAGCAUUCACUUGAGGUGCUAGGCAAAGCACAGAAAGCAUCUGAAACCCAUGUGGCAACUUACAAUGCAGCCAUCUCCGCAUGCGGGAAGGCUGCGGCAUGGGAGGCGGCUCUGGCAGUAUUGCAUGUCCUGCGCAAGACUGCCCAAGCUGAUGUCAUCUCAUUCAGUGCAGCGAUCAACUCUUGUGAGAAAGCUUCUCAAUGGCAGCAAGCUUUGAUUUUGAUGAGGACAGCACGGUCAAUGCGCUCCACAGAUGCUGUCCUGUACUCCUGCACCAUCACCGCUUGUGCCAAGUGGCAAGCAGCUCUGUACAUUCUUCGGCUGAUGGGCAGAGAGGGUAGCACAUCUACGAGAGCCUUUAAUGCGGCUAUCACAGCUAUGGUAGCUGCGGAAUGGCAACAGACCCUCGAGCUGUACCAUGAGACACGUGAAACGCAUGGACCCGACAUCACAGGCUUCAAUCUUGCAACCACUGCGACCUCCGGGUCGUUUGCCUGGCAGAUGGCCACAGCUCUUUUGUGCAGAUGUGCGACCCACGACUCACACAACUCAAUGCGGCCGGAUGUCAUCAGCCACAACUCAGUCUUGAGCUGCCUGCCACCUCAGUCCGAAUGGCAGACAGCACUUUUCCUUCAAGAGGUCAUUGAGGCUGGGUUCCAAGCUCAGGUCAUCACCUACAAUGCAGUAAUGACUGCCUUGACUCACUGGAGCCAAAGCAUUCAUAAACUUUCAGAGUUGUCGUGGCACCUGAAGCCGUCCCUCAUCAGCUACGGCAAGAUCGUGACAAAGUUGCAGAAUGCCGCUGGCAAGAAGGCCUACAAGAACAUCUCUGCCUGGACCAUCGCUUGUCAGAAGGCCAGGAAGGAGCUGGGCAUCAAGGGCUUCUGUGCUGUGGGUGGAAAGACAGCACAGGGCAAGGCACUCUACGCCAAGGCCAAAGCGAUCUUUGCUGCAUGA